AUGGUUCGCAAACAAAUCGGAAACAAGGGAUCUCCUAAGCCUGUUGAUCCAGACAAGACUGCCUACGGUGUAAUGAUAAGCGUCUCGGGUGCUGCUUGUAUACUACUCCUGUACAUGACAUUGUUUGGUCAGAGAAUGCGUAGAACAGCGAUUCGAUGGCAUGUAAUCAACUGCUCAUGGUGGAGUAUACUCCAUUUGAUAUCAUAUGGAUCAUCUGCUGAGAAAGCUCCAUGGCCGAAUUUUAUCAUUUCUGAAGACUGGAGGGAUAGUUAUAAAGAAGUGGAAUGUUUCACAAGAUCGAUAUUCCCAUUCGGAAUGAUAUUCGUCUACUUCGAAGCGAUGAUUCGCACUUGUGUACCGAGCUUGAGUGACAACUGGAUUUUUAAUAUGAUAUUCUUUCUUCUUCUUAUUCCAUACCUCAACAUAAUAGCUAUGUUCUGCUUUUUUGCGAAGUGGAUGGAAGUUGAUUGGUUUUAUCCACCGAUCGAGUUUCUGAAUCUCUUCACCUACGUGAUAUUCUGUCUUGUCACCAUCGUCUACUUAAUAUUUUGCUUAAUUCAAAGCGGUUUUUGCUGUUUUGUUAUAUUUUCCAGGAAUAAUCACAAGCGUACUGCAUACACAUUCAUCGAGAUGUGGUUACUAUUCCCUUAUGGCCUUAUACCGGCAAUCAUGUAUGGACCUUCUUUUGGUUUCACCUCACUGGAGUUUGUCAGAAAAUUCUUUCUUAAAUGGCUAAUGGAGAAUGGAUUUGGGGGCGGCACCGGUGAAGGAGGAGAAUUUAUGGAGACGAUGAUGAAAGUAGCAGAGUAUGCGAUAACCGCAAUGCCAUGGUUUGUGUUACUUGUUCCAUUGGCCCAAGUAUCACUCGCCGUCAUUUGCAUAGAAAUGUUUCGAGAGCAGGUUGGUCCCCAUAGAGUAUUAAAUUUUGAAUAUUUCUCAGUAAAUUUGGCAAUAUUGUACCCGAACGGUCCGUCGUUCAGAUGUGGAAAUAAAGCUUAA